AAUGCCAAUGGUUCUUUACAAAAUACCAAGGUUUUCUUUUUCUUUCCAGGUAUAACUCACUAUUUCCAGACUGUAUGAGUGGGAUAAUUCUUACAUCUUCUCCAAGGAACUCUCUUGCUAAGAAAAAAACCAGUAGAACUUUUUGAAAAUGGAUGUUUUUCACACUUUUCUUCAGACCUACAAGCCGCCAGUCACUGACAUAAAGACUUGAAGUUUCUUAUUUGUGUGUGUGUGUGUUUAUAAGAUCAAGAAAUAAAGAUUUUCAGACCAUCUCACUGGCCUCUUGCCUGCUUCCAUGGAGGAUAGCAUGUAGUGAUGGCAGAAUGAGAAGCUUGGCAACCCUCUCCGUCUGGAUAUGACUCUCUCUUCUACAACUGAACAGUGAAGAGGAUGCCCGAGAAAGAGCCCUGAGUCUCCACACCCUCCACGCUGGCAAUGAGAAGUCGCUGAAGCCAUGAGAGGAACAGAGGAACAUCAUGCUCUCUCUGGGCUGGCUGUUUCUUUGCUUUGUUGCAGGAGAGCAGACCACGGGAUUUGAUCAUUCAGCUUGCGUCACCAAAAGACUUCGGUGGAUAUAUCCCGUGAAGGAUGCAGAGGAGUUUGUCCUAUUUUGUGAUUUGCCAGAGCUUCGGAAGUCACAGUUCUCCCAUAUAAACCAACUGCCACCAACCCAAGGCCCCGCCUACGUACCUUGCAGUGGUAAUCAGAACCUAUCUGAUGUCCAGUGGUACAAACAGCCUCAGCGUGGAGGUCCUUUAGAGGAGAUCCAUAGAAACUUUUCUCACGAGAGGAGAGACAUGCUGUGGCUAUCGGCCCCACAGAUAAACAAUGUUGGCUCUUUUAUCUGUAGACCCAGACUUAGGCGCCCCCAGGAUACGGCUUGUUGUGUCAAGAUCUUCUUAGAACUUAAGCCUCAGAGAAAUGUAUCCUGUGGGAACCCAGCUGAGCAUGUGCAUUACCUAUUUCUUGGUAGCACUGGAUCCAUUUACUGCCCCAGUCUCAGCUGCCAAAGUGAUGUCCAGAGUCCAGAGAUGACCUGGUACCUGGAUGGAAUACCCCUGCCUAGGCAUAAGAACAGCAUCCUUAAGUUGGAAGAAGUUUAUACAGACAACCAGGGCUUGUAUGUGUGUGAUUAUACUCAGUCGGAUAAUGUGAGCUCCUGGACAGUCCGAGCUGUCGUUCAUGUAAAAACCAUUGUUAAGGACAGCAACCUGAAACCAGACAUUCUGGAUCCCAUCACGGACACCCUGGAAGCGGAGCUUGGAAAGUCGUUGACUCUAUCCUGCAGAGCACAAUUUGGCUUCCAAAAAGACGGUCAGCUUGUAAUGAAGUGGUAUGCCAAAGAAUCUACUCAGGAGCAGGAAAUUCUAGGAUCUAAGAAAAAACGCCCUGAAUCCAAUUUCAAGAGCACAGUCAUUGAAUACACCGCCGUUCUGACGACAGUCACUCAAAGAGAUCUUAGCAGCAAGUUUGUUUGCUUUGCCCAGAACUCCGUCGGGAACACAACACGGACCAUCCAGCUGAGGGAGAAGAAGGGGGUGGUGUUUGUAUACAUCCUCCUCGGCACAGCCAUGGCGCUGGUGGGCAUUCUGGUCUCGGCUGCCUUUCUCUACUGGUACUGGAUUGAGAUCGUCCUGCUGUGCCGAGCCUACAGGAGCAAGGACGAGACUCUGAAGGACAAGAAGGAGUUUGAUGCCUUCAUAUCCUAUGCAAACUGGAGCUCUCCUGAGAGGGAAGCCAUCGGCUCACCGAGUGAGGAGCACUUGGCCCUGAAUCUUUUCCCUGAAGUACUAGAAAACAAAUACGGAUACACCCUGUGCUUGCUUGAAAGGGAUGUGACCCCUGGAGGAGUGUAUGCGGAUGACAUUGUGAGCAUCAUUAAGAAAAGCCGAAGAGGAAUAUUUAUCCUGAGUCCCAGCUAUGUCAAUGGACCUUGUGUCUUUGAACUGCAAGCAGCCGUGAACCUUGCCUUGGUUGAUCAGACCCUGAAACUCAUUUUAAUUAAGUUCUGUUCCUUCCAAGUGCCAGAAUCUCUCCCGUAUCUUGUCAAAAAAGCUCUUCGGGUUCUCCCCACAGUCACGUGGAGAGGCUUGAAAUCAGUCCAGCCCAGUUCCAGGUUCUGGACCCAGAUAUGCUACCACAUGCCAGUGAAGCGCUCCCGCAGGUUUAUGUGCAAUCGCCUCAGCAUUAUCCCUGGGGGCUUCUCCCCUGAAAAGGACCCAACCAGAGAGACAUCAUCGGGAGGAGCAUCCGGCUCAGUGAACAGCCACGGAACCCAAAACCUCCUUCUCUCCAGCAUCCAGAAGAGGUGCUGAUGGGUAGAACCUGAUGCAUGAAUCAGGCUGGUAGACAAUUGAGGGUUCCUCCUCUCAGCACCAGGAAAGCUUGGCAGGCAGUGGAGUGAAGCAGGAGUGAAGAGUAGCUGUGGUUUAGGCUCCGAGUUCCUGGAAAAGAGAGGCAGGGGGAGAGAGAAAGAGGACACAGGCUUCUGUGGACAUGGGCU